UCGUAGAGAGUGGUAGGCCAAAGCUACUGUGAGAUUUAGGAAUUUUUGUCUGGAGGUUUAUCUCUUUCUCUCUCGUUGUGAAGUGAAAACCGUGUUAUUGUUGUCAUUUAAUCUAGCGUAACACGUUUAUUCGAUCAUAUUAGGUCACCAUAAACCGGAAGAGGGAUUUACUAUUUCAAACAUGUUUCCUCCAAGGUAGUUUGACGGACACUUCGAGUGAAUAUUUCAUCGCGAGUUGCUGUUCCUCUUUGUUGACUAGAGGGCUCGUUUUAAAAAUAAAAUACUCAACAUGGCGGCUUCUCGGCCUGCAAGAACCUCUUCGAUUUCUGUGUUCAGUGUGCUUCUCAUUAUUUCUGUUUUACUGGACGUACGCGUUUACGUGGAUGGUAGUCAGUAUUUUAAGGAAACAGAGUACGUAGCCACACAUGGCAAGUGUGAAAAAAUCACCAUUCCAUUGUGUAAGGACAUACAGUACAACGAAACGAUAAUGCCAAAUCUUCUGAACCAUCAGAAACAGGACGAUGCCGGGCUGGAAGUCCAUCAGUUUUUUCCUUUGGUGAAGGUCCAGUGCAGUAAGCAGUUGAAGUUCUUCUUGUGCACAAUGUAUGUCCCAGUAUGCACGGUCUUAGAAGAGGCCAUCCCACCGUGUAGGACUCUCUGCAACGAAGCCAGAACGGGCUGUGAGAGUCUGAUGAACAAGUUCGGAUUCGAGUGGCCCGACACCCUGAGGUGCGACCAGUUCCCACCCUCUGGAUUAUGUGUUGGAGAAAACAACACGGAGCCCACAGAGCCGUCUAAAGGCCCACCGAAUGGACAAGUUAGUGGACCAAGCAGCGGCAGUGGUGGACAAUCCACUACACCGAAGGAGGAAGCCACACGUAACUUAGGCUUCCGUUGUCCCUCAGUGCUUCAAGUUCCGAAUGGCUUUGAUUACCACCUCAAAGUUGGAGAUGAACUGGAGAAGAACUGUGGAGCACCGUGUUACGAUAUGUUCUUCGAUAACAACCAGCGGGAGUUCGCAAGAUGGUGGAUUGGAAUCUGGUCUUGCGUCUGCUUGGCCUCGACUCUUUUCACAGUUCUCACGUUCCUGAUUGACAUGCAGAGAUUUCGGUACCCGGAGCGGCCAAUCAUAUUUCUGUCUGGAUGUUACUUCAUGGUGGCUAUGGCGUAUGUUGUGGGUUUUGCCCUGAGGGAGAAAAUAUCUUGCAAUGACCCUUUCGAACCACCAAACAGCAACACGGAGCCAAACAGAAUGCUGCAGGUUGUCACACAGGGCACUAAGAAAGAAGGCUGCACCAUCCUGUUUAUGAUGCUUUACUUCUUCAGCAUGGCAAGCUCCAUCUGGUGGGUUAUCCUGACCUUGACCUGGUUCCUUGCCGCAGGGAUGAAAUGGGGCCACGAGGCCAUCGAAGCCAAUUCUCAGUAUUUUCAUCUAGCCGCUUGGGCAGUCCCUGCCAUCAAAACAAUCGCCAUCCUGGCCAUGGGCCAGGUUGAUGGUGAUAUUUUGAGCGGUGUCUGCUACACCGGUAUCUUCGACGUCGACGCGCUCCGGGGUUUCGUUCUGGCUCCCCUCGUUGUGUAUCUCAUCAUUGGUACCUCUUUCCUCCUCGCUGGGUUCGUCUCACUUUUCCGCAUCCGCACGAUCAUGAAGAGUGAUGGCACUAAAACAGACAAGCUCGAGAAGCUCAUGGUCCGUAUUGGAAUCUUCUCAGUCCUCUACACUGUCCCUGCUACAAUUGUCAUCGCCUGCUACUUUUACGAACAGGCCUUCAGGGAUAAGUGGAUGGUCACAUGGCAUGCUACAAGAUGCACCGACUUUCACAUUAAUUGUCCAGCUGGCAUCAGUUCAAAACCCUGGCCAGAUUUUAAUGUGUUUAUGAUCAAAUACCUGAUGACUGUGAUUGUGGGUAUCACCUCUGGUGUCUGGAUCUGGACUGGGAAAACUUUCCUGUCCUGGAGGACUUUCUCAAGUCGUAUAUUUGUACGCAGGAACAAUGAAUCUGUGGUGUAAUCGUAAACUCGUGUAUGGUCACAAGAGUCCAGUGGGCGUGCAUGAAGCGUAAGUGAAAAUGUUUGUGUGUGGGUAAGUAUGUCUGUCUGGAUUACAGGAUAUUCGUCUUUUUGUAAGAAGGCAAGUGGAUAUAUACACAUUUAAACAAACUUGCAAGGGUUAAGUCAGCAGAAUAUUACUUGGAAGAAGUUUUGACGGUUCAAUAUUUUUUUGUAAUGACAAAUUUUUUUUUUCGUAUUUCUGUUGAUCUGUACAUAGUACUACCUUGUAGCUGGAUUAUGUGCUAGAUAAGAUUGGAUUAUUUACUGGAUUAUGCUGUCAGAGCUCAACAUGUUCUGUCACGGUUAUUGUUCUGAUUCAUCAUCAAAGGAUUGGAUUUUAAAGUUACUUAACUGUGACAGUGUGAACUAAAUUCUCAGUUCUUUGGUUGGAUCAAUAUGUGGAUGUUUUCCAUCCAUUAAUUAUGGUUUAAGCCUAAAGGCACUGCUUUUUUUUUUUAUCUUUGCAUCUUUUUCAAUUACUGGCGUCUAAGAAUGUGUUGUGUGAACUUCUUUAUAAAACUUACAGUAGUUUUGGCUUGUAAAUGGCUGCUUGUUUAAUUAUAAGGAAAGAGCGGUAGCUGCCAUUUCGGAACAGUCAAGUAUAUGAUGCACCAUUACUUUGUUGUUCUUUUUUGGAGAUGAUUUACAAAUAGUGUAUGUGUAAACAUAAAUUCUUCUUGCAGUUUUAAAAUUAACAUAUCCAAAAUUUUGACUUGCAUGGUGAGUUUUUUACUGUUUUUUUUUGUUUCCUUAUUCGUGCAGAAAUCAUAACAGUAACCAUUAUUUACUUUUUGUUGUAAUUCUACUCUAUCUGAUCUCCAUUUCGAAGACUUGCAAGUCGAAGUACUCAGAUUUAUAAUUUUAAUUAAUUUUUUUAAAUAAAUUGUAAAAAGACAAUCAUGUUCUAGAUUGUUGUUUGAUCAAAACACGUUUUAUAUUUUUUUUAACUAAGUUUUUUUUCCUUCAGUAUACAGCUCAUGACAUUUUGCUACACAUUUAUCUAUGAACACAGACAUCAGGCAUGGUUACUUAAUGUUUCACUCUCUUUCUCUCUCUCCAGUAACAUUCAAUUGUAGCUAACUUCCUGUUUUGUUUAUUUACCACUACUGUGAUUUAAUUGUAAUAGGUAGUUGAGACUAAGCAAAAAAAUAAAUAAUGGCAUUUUUUAAAGUGUUUCUAAAAAUAAGAAGCGAGAGGCACUGUAUAAAAGUUAUUAAAAAAAAGUCAUAUGUGCUGUUACCACUGUAGUUUUUAAAAAGUUAGUGGAAUGAAUGAAAGGUGAUUAUGAAAGAAAAAGUGCUACCUCAAUUCUAUUAAACAGUUUUAUACCUUGACCAUUUGUUUGUUAUUUCGUAUGUCAAACUUGCAUUUGAGGCAAAUGGUUAGAUAACAAUUGUUUAGUGGAAUAUAGCAAUGCUUUAUCGAUUAAGAGUAGCCUAUUCAAUUAAAACAGUUUGUCCUUCUAUUUUCCUUCCAGCUAAAUUAAGCUAUUUAGAUAAAUUUAACACAAAGCUGACUAAAAAAUAUAGUAUUGGUAGUUUUCACAUAAAUUAAAAUAAUUUAAAUGGGUACAUUAACAUUCCAAAUUAGCACAGUUUUUUUUCUUAAAAAAGAACUUGCUUUGGAAUUUCAAAUGAGUGGGUGUGGUUUUAAAUACUACUUUCAUAAACCUAAUUCUGAACUUUCCUGAACCUUGUUAAUAUUAUUCAACAUGUCUGGGUUGAUUAAAAAAAAUCUGUUCUUUGCAUUCAGUUUUUAAAGUGAUGAAAAUGAUUUACAUUUCAAUUAAAUUAAUGGUUCAUGACAACAGUAACCAUAGUAAGUAAAUAUUUUUAGUUUGUUUAGAACAUUUACAAAGGAAUUACAUGUAACAUCGUUUAUAGUUGGGUU